UCAGAGCCAUUGUGAAUACUUCUGAUGUCUUUGGACAUUAUGGCUUCUUUCUCCGAAACUGGCAAGAGGGCCUCAUUGCCUUCUCUACUUCUCCUGUUGGCGCUGUUCACUGCAACUCUUCGCAUCGCAGAUGCUCAGAUCGGUGUUUGCUAUGGCAUGAUGGGCAACAAUCUGCCAUCCAAACGCGAGGUGGUGGAUCUUUACAGAGCCAACAACAUCAGGAGAAUGCGACUGUACGAUCCCAACCAGGAAGCUCUUGAAGCCCUCCGGAACUCCGGUAUCGAGCUCAUGCUCGGCGUCCCAAACAGCGACCUCCAAAGCCUAGCCGCUAGCCGCGCCAACGCCGAGCAAUGGGCUCAACGCUAUGUCUUCAACUACUACCCCUCCGUCAACAUCAAAUACAUCGCCGUCGGCAACGAAGUCAGCCCCGUCGGCGGCUCCUCUUGGGCCGCCCAGUACGUCCUUCCGGCCAUCCAGAACGUGUACCAAGCCAUAAGGGGCAGGGGCCUUCACGACCAAAUCAAGGUCUCAACCGCCAUUGACAUGACCCUUAUUGGGACCUCAUACCCUCCGUCCAAAGGUAGCUUCCGAAACGACGUCAGAUCAUACUUGGACCCUAUCAUCGGCUACUUGGUCUACGCAAACGCACCAUUGUUCGUUAAUGUAUACCCUUACUUCAGCUAUUCCGGCAACCCUGGCGACAUAUCUCUGCCUUAUGCUCUCUUCACUUCUCCAAACGUGGUGGUCUGGGAUGGUUCGAGAGGAUACCAGAAUCUCUUCGAUGCCAUGUUGGACUCGGUUCAUGCGGCUCUGGAUAGUACGAGGAUUGGGUAUGUGAAGGUGGUCGUGUCGGAGAGUGGGUGGCCUUCUGACGGAGCGUUUGGGGCUACGUACGAUAAUGCCAAGACUUACCUGGACAAUUUGAUUCGCCAUGUGAACAAAGGAACUCCUAUGAGGCCUGGUCCUACAGAGACGUAUAUUUUUGCAAUGUUCGAUGAGAACCAAAAGAACCCAGAACUGGAGAAACAUUUUGGUCUGUUUUAUCCCAACAAGCAGAAGAAAUAUCCGUUUGGGUUUGGCGGACACAGGAACUGGCAGAUUGCUGCUGACAAUGAGUUUAAUGUCACAAUUCCUCUCAAGAGUGAUAUAUAAGCAUUUCACAGCACUGAGCUCUGCUCGUGGAGCUUCGGAGACGUAUAACUAUGAGGACGACGUCUCUGUUUGUCUUCGUUUCAAGUUAUGUACCCUCCCUUGUUAUUACAACAAUGUGCCCCUAAUAAAAUAUAGAGUUCAUAAAAUUAAUCAAUCUUCCCUUAUC